GUAUGAAUGCAAAAGAUGCCUCCCCAAAAAAGAAAUAUCCAAAACAGAGAAAUCGAACCAUUCUCUUCUGGUCCGUCGGAUUCCUAUAAAUACAUACUUGGAGUGAAGAUGGGUUUGCCAAACUCAACAGCCAAACGCGGCGUAUUUGGCAGAAAGCUGAGCAGAAGGCUCCAGAUUCAUCCUCCCUUCUCUCUCUACUGUAACGAAAAUGGCGGCAACUUCUCGAAGAUCGAACGGAUCAGUUCUCCGAUCGCUCUCUCCGUCCGGAAGAUUCUACAAUUGCCGUAGUUCAUCCCCGUCGGCGUUCGCGUCUUCGAGUUCCAGCUUCUCCUCUACAUCAGCCACUUCCUUCUUCUGCAGAUCGACUUCCCCGUCGCGCGUGAAGCUUCACGGCUCGUCUCCGGUUUCCGUGCCGUCCGUGCGGUUUGCUCUUCACAGUUCCGUGUCUGUUUCUUCUCGCAGCGGUGGUAAUGUUCAAGUGGUGCAGAGGCGGAGCAGUUCCAAGAGGACCUGUAUGUGUUCUCCUACCACGCACCCUGGCUCGUUCCGGUGUAGCCUCCAUAAAGGCAUCGUUUCGCAGUCUCACGCGCCGUAUUCGCCGAAUAGACUGAAUGCUCGUAGAUCGGCGAUGACGAACUCUCUGGUUAGAAUCGGAGGCGUUGAAGGCGAUCUGGUGAAGCGAGCUUUAGCGGCUUUGAUUCGGCCUUCUUCACAUCAGCAACGGCGCAGAGCCGAUUUUAAGCCGAAGCAUAGCCGGCUGUCGAUUAUGUCCAGGGCCGAAGAAACAUUAUAAUCAUUCGGUAUGGUGGAAUGGGAAAAUUGGUUAGAAAUUUCCUAAUCGUCGGCUUUCCGAAGAUGGAAACGCAGCGCUUCCGAUCUCCGGCAGCGGUGGCGGUAUCAGGUUCCGACGAAUCGUGGACGGUACUUUCUUUUUGAUGUGCUCCGGCGACCGAACCUGACAUUCACUACAGAGAUCUCUGAAAGCUCCUUGUACAAAUUAAUAUUUUAUACACAGAUGGAUAUGAAUUUGUGUACGUUCGCCAGGAAUCGGCGUUCAGACCUCUAAUUAGUAUUAAAUCCAGCAAUCCAUCACGAUUUAAUGAAACUCACAUGGAUUAAAAAGUUGUGUAACCACUAAUCGGACCAGAUGUGUAGAUUUAGGGUUUGGAAAAUACUCCAUUACCGGUGUUGCCAUUCUGUUAUCUCCGCCGUGUGAUUUGACGGCUUCCGUCCAUUAAUUUCAGUUUCUUUGGCGUGGGCGGCGAGAGA